AUGGCAUCCCAACAGAAGCAGGCCAACAUGCUCUGGGGCGGCCGCUUCACCGGCGGCCUCGACCCUCUGAUGGUCGCCUACAACGAGAGCAUCUACUUUGACCAGGUGCUGCACAAGCAGGACAUCCUGGGCAGCAUCGCCUUUGCGCGCGCCAACUUCCACGCCGGCAUCCUCACCAAGGAGGAGUUUGACAAGAUCGACGCGGGGCUACAGGCCGUCGAGGCCGAGUGGGUGGCCGGCACCUUCAAGAUUGUCCCGGGCGUCGACGAGGACAUCCACACGGCCAACGAGCGCCGGCUGGGCGAGCUGAUUGGCAAGGACGUGGCCGGCAAGCUGCACACGGGCCGCUCGCGCAACGAGCAGAUCGCCACGGACAUGCGCAUGUGGCUGCGCGACGAGCUGCGCAAGAUUGAGGCGUUCCUGGUCUCGUUUUUGCAGGUGACGGCCCAGCGCGCCGCCACCGAGGUCGACCUCAUCAUGCCCGGCUACACGCACCUGCAGCGCGCCCAGCCCAUCCGCUGGAGCCACUGGAUGCUGUCGUACGGCCUGGCCUUUGCGGCGGACCUCGCGCGCCUGCGCGAGGUCAUCCAGCGCGUCAACCGCUCGCCGCUCGGCUGCGGCGCGCUGGCGGGCAACCCCUUUGGCAUCGACCGCGCCGCCAUGGCCGCCGAGCUGGGCUUCGACGGCCUGCUGUGGAACUCCAUGGGCGGCGUCGCCGACCGCGACUUUGUCGCCGAGACCCUGCAGUGGGGCGCCACCCUGAUGCAGCACAUCUCCCGCUGGGCCGAGGACCUGAUUGUCUACUCGACGGCCGAGUUCGGCUUCGUGCGCCUCGCCGACGCCUACUCGACCGGCUCGUCGCUGAUGCCCCAGAAGAAGAACCCGGACUCGCUCGAGCUGCUGCGCGGCAAGGCCGGCCGCGCCUUUGGCCACAUGGCCGGCUUCAUGAUGACCCUCAAGGGCCUGCCCAGCACCUACAACAAGGACCUCCAGGAGUCCGUCGAGCCCAUGCUCGACCACGUCAAGACCGUCGCCGACAGCAUCCAGAUCGCCGAGGGCGUCCUCGCCACCCUCACCACCCAGCCCGACAAGAUGCGCGCCGCCCUCGACCCCUUUAUGCUCGCCACCGACCUCGCCGACUACCUCGUCCGCAAGGGCGUGCCCUUCCGCGAGACCCACCACAUCUCCGGCGCGUGCGUCGCCCUGUCCGAAAAGACCGGCACGCCCAUGAACGAGCUGACCUUUGAGCAGCUGCAGAGCGUCGACGCGCGCUUCGAAAAGGACAUUGCCGAGGUCUUCAACUACGACAAGAGCGUCGAGAUGCGCUCGGCCCAGGGCGGCACGAGCAAGGCGAGCGUCCUGGAGCAGGUGGCCGUGCUGAAGAAGAUGCUGGAGUAG